AUGAGGCCGUGCAACCGUGGAGCACAGAUGCUCAUCACUACAGCUGGAGCUUUCACUGCUUUCAGCCUCAUGACCAUCGCAGUAGGAACAGAUUAUUGGCUUUACUCGCCCGGAGUGUGUCGCACCGAGAGCACGGGCGAUAACGAGACGAGCCAAAAGAACGAAGAGGUUCUUACACAUUCGGGUCUCUGGCGUCAGUGCUGUAUGGAAGGUCUGUUUACAGGUGUGUGUAAAAACAUUGAUCAUUUCCCAGAAGAUGCUGAAUAUGAACAAGAUGCAGCAGAAUACUUGCUCCGAGCAGUACGUGCCUCCAGUCUUUUCCCCAUCAUGAGUGUUGGGCUGCUGUUUGUUGGUGGAGUGUGUGUUGCUGCCAGUGAGUUCUACAAAAAUCGCCACAACGUCAUCCUGAGCGCAGGAAUAUUCUUCGUCUCUGCCGGUCUCAGUAACAUUAUCGGGAUCAUUGUGUACAUUUCUGCCAAUGCCGGAGAUCCGAAUCAGAGCGAGUCGAAGCGGAGUCACUGGUACGGCUGGAGCUUCUACUGUGGUGCGCUUUCCUUCAUCAUGGCGGAGACGGUGGGCGCGCUCACGGUGCACCUGUUCAUCGACUCGCACCGCACGCGCACCUUCCGCCAAGCGCCUCGGAACCGCAUGCGCGCAUCGUUCCAGAGCAGCCGGUCGUCCAGCUACCGCUCGCGCUACCGCAGCCACAUGCACUCUCUCCCGCGCUCACCAUGCACCGGCCGCAAGAGCAACGACGAGGUCGCACUCCGUUCGCUCCGUUACGCUCCAGCCACGCCCACCACCGCGCUCACACACGCUCACUACAUCAAAGCGGAGAACGGGCUCGCCUUUCACGCGCACAGCCACAGUGUGCAGCACGAGGAGGAGAAGUGCGGCGUGCUCCCGUCUCUGAGCAGCAGCGCCACCAUGAGGAGAACCACACCGGUGUGA